UUUUUCAUGUAUAAAAGAGUGUGGAGAAAUCAAUGGAGUGGUUAAUAUUUCAAAAGUUUUCAUUAGGUGAUAAUCGUGUGCUGAAAGGACGAAAUAUGUUAACUAUAAGGAGUUCAGCUUCCAUCAGUCUUAUUGUUUUAAUUUCAAUAUUUUCAAAUAACGCACAAAAUUUCCAACAAUUAGAUUACGAUGCAAUAGAUUAUGAUUGUGAAAUGGAAAAUUUCCAACCGUUUGACGAGACGGCAUCCAUACUUGACAUAAUUAGAUCGAAAAUCGAGUUUAUCGAAUGUGAUUUAUAUUGUCUUAUGCAGAGAACUUUUAUGUUUAAUGAAGCCGGUUAUAUAGACCCUGAUGGCUGCUUGGAAGUUGCUAGGAAUCACUUUGAAAGUGAAGAGGAUGUUUUAGUUGCAAUUUCUAUAUUCGAACAAUGCGCGAACUUAGUAGACGAACAGGACCUAUGUAAAUUUGCCAUGGAGUUUGCAAAUUGUUUAACAGAGUUUUUCCAGCAUAAUAAUUUAGAUUAAUAUACCUUCG